CAGUGCAUCAUCCUGUAACCACUAGCAACGCUUGUUUUGCCAGUUUCAUUUACAGGGAAAAAGAAACCUAAAAGCAGCUGCACAUGCUCUCACACAAACACAGGGAUCAGAUAUUCAACAGCAGCAGACUAACGGCAGCAGACUAAAUCAGGAUGAUGAAGAUGUCAGGAAGAGUCACCAGUUGCUGUGUAGCUCUGCUCUUUGUGCUGAACUCUGUGUCGGCUGUACAAAGGCUCCAUUCAAUCAAUGCUUUGAAGAAAAUCAACUUCGGCCAAUCUGUGCCUAAACACAGUCUACUGCUGCUCCACUGGUUUGCCAACACAGUUGAGAUCGACGACAAUAACAUCAUAUGGCUGACCUUUGACUCAAACAGUGGAGAUUAUGGCUCACAUCAGUAUCACAACUCUGAGGAGCUGUUGGACCCACUGCCAUGGGGAAAUGAAUACCGGUACUACACUAUUGGCAAUCUCUAUCAAGAAACGUCCAUGCCACUUCCUCUUUAUGUUGUCCGUCCCCGAAGGGAGUAUGAGGGAACAAACAGUGACAGGAUCAUAAUUCGUAUCAGGGGGCAGAACACAAGAUGGCGAGAUUUGCAGAGGAUAGACCAAGUUUAUAUCACACAGCAUAUUGGACGUCAGGAGGAAUAUGAUCCAGAUCAGACCUACAGGAUCACUACUAACCUCCUGAGAGAGAUCAGAGAGUUUUCUGUGGGACAAAACCAACAGCAACUAAGGUAUCUCAGAAACCUCUAUGGAAGUAACGCUGAUGAUUUACAGUUAAGGCACAUCAGAAACACAUGGCGUGACCUUGCUUGCCUUGGACUGCUGUUGUUUAUUGUGAUCCAGAAAAACUACUCUUCUAACCAACGAAACAGACAAAAUCAUUUGGAUGAUGAUGCUUCGGAGAGAGAGAGCAAUGUUCCUAGACAUUCUCUUAACCAAGGUCAUGUUGCAGUGGAUUUCAAGGACCACAAAACCCAGCAGAACAACACCUCAGUACCUCAGAACAACGUCAAGGGGUGGUUCUGUCGUUGUUGCUGCUGUAUUGCCAUAUGUUGUUUCAUUUUAUUGUACUCUACUAUUUAUUCUUUGUAUUAGAGAUGAUAAAACUUAUCCCGAGGGAAAUUGCUGUACAGCCAUUGCAGUACAAAGUGGGAAGAGUGCAAAUCACUCAUUUUUGAGAAUUGGG